UGGAUGGAGUUGGUGGAGGAUGUGGCGGAGGCGGAGGCCACCGGAGCCUUGGAGGGCCAACUGGGCGUUGCUGGGGGACUGGUGGCCAUGCUGGCCACCCACUGGGCGGCGAGGGCGACCCCUCCAAGGGCACGAGGUGUUGCCGCGACCUGUGCCAUUAUAAUCUGGCGAACGUCGCGAAUCCAGUGCCUCUUCGGCUACUGCCGCCGUGAUUCACGAUUGUCCAGCAGCAGCGGCGGCAGUAAUGGCAACAAAAUCAACAGUGACUACCAACCGCCUGACGUAACACAGAUCCCCAGGAUGCAAAACAAUCAGAGCCCACAGCUACCCUGCAAGGGUAUACUCAAGACUUCGCGCAGCUUCGACAAGUCGGGAGCCAGUUUUCGCAAAAGUGCCAAGUUCGAUGAGCUGAACGUGAUGCAGACCUUCCAUCCGGCCGACAAGGACUACGGACAUAUGAAAAUCGAUGAGCCCAAAACGCCUUACAACUACACCGAGUCCUAUGGGGAUAAUAGGGACGAACUCGACACGGAGCUGCUCGUGGAGAAACUCCGCAUAGCGGCCAACACACAACAGUCGACGGAAAGCAUCGAGGAUGAGGGCUCCUCCGGCGACGACCAGCCCCUGAGCGAAGAGGAGCGACAACGACGGCGCGAAUUUGAGCGACGUCGCAAGGCCCACUACCGCGAGUUCGAGGCCGUCAAGCUGGCACGGAAGCUGAUCCAGGAGGAGGACGACGACGACGAGGACGAGGAGAAGGGCGCGGAUAGCCGGCCCUCGGGCUCGGCACAGGGCGCUUCCACCUCCGGCCGCUUCGCGAGCAGUUCGGCGAAAAAGUCGGGCGCCAACGCCAGCGCCGACUCAGCCACAUCCUCGUCCACCAGCGCCGGCCACACCAUGGACCUGGAGCCAUCAAACAACUAGAAGCAAUAUCAACCCAUCAAUCAAUCACUAAUGUUUACCUAGCGGACAAUGGACGAUUCCGAGGGCAGCUCAUCCAAACCAUGAACUAACGAAAUUAUAUUAUAUCAAGUGCUGUGCGAGCGCCGAGUGAGAAGUGGAUGCUGAUUAGCUAAGUGGCGGGGAGCACUCGUGAUUAAUUGAAUUUACCCAACUAAACACGAAAAACAAACCGUCGCCAAGGAGUAUCGUCAUCGAGUAGUGAACACAGCCGAUAAGCCAAUGCAUUACUUGUUGCAAAUUGAUUUUACAACACAAAAACUGUGCACCUGAUCGGAGAAUUUGAUUGUACGACAGCAAAUAUAAUUAUCGUAUGCGUCUCAGCCGUAGCGUACUGUUGCAAAUGUAGUUAAACAAAAAAUGUCUUUUAAAUUGAUAUCGAUAUGGCUACCCAUUCAAUUAUGAUCCAAGUCUCCCGUUCGCAGCAUUUAAUUUGAUUGGAUGCCGAUGCCCAGUGCCACAGAAGGGAAUUACUUGUUGUAACUAGCGUUGAAGUUGAUUUGGCCUUACUUUUAGUUAUUUAUUAAUACGAUACUAUUAUGAUUACUAUUAAGUUUUAGCCAUCGAAUGCGAACGUUUCAAUAAAGAGAGCCCAAAACCCAA